GCAUGAAAAGAAUGCUAGGUGUUUCUUCAAUAACAGAUAUGAUUUUUGAAGAAAAUGAUGGCACUGAGAUCCCUUUCACAGAGAUGUUCGAGUACCUAGCAACUCUCGGCUCAGGCGGAUUUGGGUUUGUAGUCGCUGCACUUGAAAAAUCUACAGGAGAGGAGGUGGCAAUAAAGGUUCUCAAUAAGGAAAAAGCAAGCCAGAAGGUUAUAAAGUUGUUCAAAUAAAGAAGCAAAUAGUUUAGAGAUGUAUGACCACCCUAAUAUAGUCAAGUUCAGAUUUCUUCAUAAUUAUAGUAAUUAUGUGUGACUUGGCAUGGAGCUCUGCUUAGGUGGUACCCUAAUGGACUGGAUCAUACAGCAAAGGCAGGUUGAAUACCCUUCUUUUGAGGAGUAUGAGGAGAAGUGAGCUGAGGUGACUAAGCAUAUCCUUGAAGGCUUGCACUAUCUUCAUAAUAGUCAAGAGAUGAUCCAUCGCGAUCUCAAGCCUGCUAAUAUUCUUCUAUCAAAGAAAAAUGAUAUCUCUUCAGUGAAGAUAUGCGAUUUCGGGCUUGCUAAUAAUGUUGGGAGUUCUAUAUUUGAUCAAAACUAUGAAAAUGUUGGAACAAUUAUGUAUCAAGCACCAGAGCAAAUGGAUGAAUCUCGUUGAUAUUCUAAAGCUGCUGAUCUUUGGGCAGUUGGCAUGAUCAUCUAUGAAAUGGUCACUAAAGGAGGCCAUCCAAUUCUUGGUGAAGACAUUCAUUGUAAAAUGAAUAUGACUCCAAAAGAGUAUAAGCUAAGAAUGGAUAAAUUUAGUAUUGAUUUAAAGAAAUCAACUCGGGCACAAAGUGUAUCUGACCUGGCAAAGAAUUUGAUAACCAAUCUCUGCAGUAAGAAGGCAAACAUGCGGUAUAACUGCAGUAGAGCUUUACUACAUCCUUGGAUUACAAGGGACGCGAAUGAUAAGAUUCCGCUCACUUUCCAAGAAGAGUUAGAAAUAAAUUUAUUAAGAAUGGACUCAGAGAAGAGUAUUAUGUCCCAUGAUAAGGGUGAAGUUUCUAAAGCUCCUGAUGUGGGUUUAAGCCCAGUCAAAGUUUUUCCAAGAAAAUCACCAGAAAAAAGUAGUACUAUUUCCAAAGAAUAUUCAAGACUAGGACAUCAGAAUGGAUUUGACCAUAGUGAGCACAAAUUUAGGAACAAAAAUUCCUCAAUUAGUAAAGAUAGAAAGAUCAAAGCAACUUCAAAGAUUAGUGUGCAUAGUAAAUUAUCCAAAAGAUCAGAUUUUCAGGUAAAGAAGAGAAAGAAUCCAACUCUUGUGCACAAGAGUGCUAAAAAGAGAGUUCUAACUGUGAAUAAGGCACUAAAUCCUAGCUCCAGUUCACAUAGAAAGGAGAAAGCUAAACUAUGCCUCCCACCAAUUAUAAACAGAGGCAAGCUGUUUAAUGUAAGCGACUCUAAGUCUACUACUUCGAGAAACAGAUAUACUAAAAUUAGGAGGAAGUUAGACACCAAUAAGAUCCAAAGUAUUUCUGAAGAGACAGCUAUGUUCUUGAAACAAAAAUCCCCUGUAAAAAUUCCAUUCUCCAAGAGACUCUCAGAUCCGUUUGACUUGGGCAUGAAGAUUAGCAAGAACUUCGAUUUUUCCGUCAAGAAGCCUUGCAAAGUAUGACACCUAGUUCAGUGACAAUGAUCCAUUCCAAAAUCUUCUAAGUAUCAACCACAAGCUGUAAGCCAGAGUGGAUACAGUCCUUCUUUUAAAAGUACGGUCAAGGGAAAUCAUGAAAGAGCUUCUCUCACCAGGAUAGAAGUUCCUAGUGGUUUUGACCCUUACACGCCAACCUAUGGCAAGGAGAAUAUUGACGGGAACAGGCUUCCUAAACCAUGGCUUUACUCUGCAAAAGUCCUAAAAUAAUAGUCUUUGAGGUAAUUUUUCAACUUA